AUGUCAACAGAACAAACAAAGCACCACAUCGUGGUCCUCGAAGCAAUUCACUGUCCAAUACCCGAUUUCGACCUUCCAGGCCCGCACACCAAAUCUAUCCACCUCUGGACCACACCCUCAGAACUUAACGCACGGGUCAAAGAUGCCACAAUAGUGAUAACGACUACACUCCGGCUGUCUGCCGAGACUCUAAGCAUUGAAAACACUCCAAAUCUCCGCUUGAUCGUGGUCCUAGCAUCCGGAACAGAUUGUGUCGACAAAGAGGCCGCUAAAGCCCGCGGAAUUCCAGUAUGCAAUUGUCCCAGUACGAACAUCGACAGCGUCAGCGAGCACGCGAUCGGCUUGUAUUUUGCGACGCGGAGAAAUUUGGCUCAAUUAACCAAUGCCGUGACGACUGUACCAGAAGAGGGCGAGACGGAAUGGAAAUCUAAGGGAUCUCUACAUCCACGACUGCGAACUGCGGAUGGCAAUGCCCCCUUGCUAUGCAGUGAAGAGACGGUCGGGAUCAUCGGGUAUGGGGCGCUUGGCCAACGAAUCCAGACAUUAGCGAUGGCUCUGGGGAUGAAAGUUAUUAUAGCCGAGCGACGGGGCCAAAGUCCACGAGCGGAUCGGGUUUCCUUCGAAGAGGCCCUUCGACGAUCGACCGUGCUAAUCCUUUGUCUGCCAAGGACGCCCGAGACAGUGAAUAUGAUUUCAACCGAGGAACUGCGGAUGAUGCCGUGCCAGGCUGUGCUGAUCAACGUUGCCCGUGGCGGGAUAGUGGAUGAGGAUGCGCUAGUUAGAGCGUUGAGGGAGAGUCAGAUCUUUGGGGCAGGGAUGGAUGUUUAUGCGAAUGAGCCCGUAGGUAGGGGCGGGUCGCCUUUGCUGGAGGCAGAUGGGUUGAACCUGGUGUUGAGUCCACAUCUUGCUUGGUUUGCGGAGAGGACUUUGGGCAAUCUUCAAGCCGGGGUUAAGGCAACGGUUGAGGGGUGGUGCAAUGGGGAAAUGAUCAAUCGGGUGGCGUGA